AAAGUAUGUCUCAAAUAAUUAAAAAAUGUUUAUUUUCAACAUCAAUAAUUACACGAAAUUUGAGCUAUCAAAGCUCAAUUUCCUUAAAAAUUUUAUAUCCAAGUAGUUUAUUAAAAAUUACAACUCCUACACAGCCAAAUUAUACAACUUCCAGUAAAUUUUCUGCUGUUAUACCAAUGGAUAAAAUUGACAUUACGUACAUUCGAAGUUCUGGACCUGGAUAUCAAGAUGAAAUUUUUAUAGCGUAGUCGGACCCAUAGGUCAAUUAAGUCUUGACCUAUGGGUCCGUAAGAUCCAUCUUAUUUGUGGAUAUUUAUCAACAUUUCUAAAUUUUUCGAGACAACGACAAUAUUCUAAAAUCAUUUCAUUUCAUUGAAAUUUAUAACGCAAUUACGAUGGAACGUCAACGUGAUAGAAGUGAAUCAGAAACAGGGGAAAGUGAUACACCUGGUGAUGUGAUACCUCAAAAUUUCAAUUUACCAAGACCUAAUAGUCUCACGAGAACUUCCAGUGAGGAAGAGUUGACUUUGUUAAGUGAAAAUGCAGAUCCAAAUGUCCAAGAUCCCCAUCAAAGACAUUCACUAUUUUGGCGACCAAGUUCAACUCCAGUUAACGCAGCACGAAGAACACGAGGAUCACCAAGUGCUAUAUAUAUUCCACCAUGGAUGGUACGACAAAAUCGCCCAUCGUCAUCGAGGGAACGAUAUUUCAGCAUUCUUCACAUAAUGAAUCAACCACUACCAUAUCGUUACUAUCGCCAAUUAGUGCGUGAAGAAAUACCACGAAGGUACAGGGGCCCACUAGGUCAAUUACGUGAUCAAGAAACGAACUUAUUAAUAAAUGAACCGAUGCCGUUGCCACUUCCUGCAUUCGCCUUUGAUUUAGCUGGUAAUCUACCAACUAUGCAGUUUGGCCAUGCUUACGUAGCACCACAAAACAGUGGUAUGGGGGAAUCCGAAAUAGACAACUACACUGAUUUGUUGUUAAAACAAGAUGAAACCGAAGAUGAUAUGACUUGUGUCAUAUGUAUGUCAUUAACAACGAAACUGGAAUUAUUACGUAAACUACCAUGCCGUCAUAUUUUUCACAGGGAUUGUAUUGACAAGUGGUUAGGAUUUAAUGGAAUAUGUCCGACAUGUCGACGUAAUGUCAGACAAUCAACACCACCUACUUCACAUUAAUAAUCAAAACAAUAAAUAAAAAUAUAAAAAAACUAACCCGACAAUGUAAAAAUUUCUCUUGGAAAAAACGAUAAAUUCUGUCCAGGGUUUUGAACAAAAAAAAUUAUCUAUAAAACAAAUAAAAACGAAA